UCCUCUCCUAUCAACGUCAUGUUUAUCAAGGAGUCUAAAGAGACACUGCGGGGGGACCCUGAUCUAAGAUGUGAGCUAGCCUUCCUCUCCCGGGGCUGUGACUUCGUACUGCCCUCGCGCUUCAAGAAGAGAAUCAAGACGUUCCAGCAACUGCAGGCGCAGGUCCAGUCCAACAAGCAAGAUAAGAAACCUGGCACCCCUCCUCCAGCCCCUCUCUCCCCCACCCCCUACGUUCCUCCCCCCCACCGCUCCCCCUCUCCUCCCCCCACUCCAGUCAUCCUCACCCCUCCUCCUCCACCUCCCCCUCCUCCCCCUGCCCUCAACAUUCCCCGCUUCUACUACCCUCGAGGGUUACCGGGGGCAACAAAAGUUAACCACGAUGCGGCCAUCAGUGCCAUAGAAAAAGCCUUCACAGAGUUUGAGGAGGAGAAGGCUGAUAUUUACGAGAUGGGCAAGAUCGCUAAGGCAUGCGGCUGUCCUCUGUACUGGAAGGCAGCCAUGUUUAACGGAGCGGGAGGAGAGAGGACCGGCUUCGUCUCUGUUCACUCCUUCAUUGCUACCUGGAGAAAGUUGUUACAUAGUUGCUAUGACGAUUCGUCUAAGUUUAUCUACCUCCUAGCGAAGCCUGGCUGUACCUACCUGGACCAGGAGGACUUCAUACCUUUAUUACAGGACAUAGUGGACACCCACCCGGGACUGACGUUCUUGAAGGAUGCCCCAGAAUUUCAUUCCCGUUACAUCACCACCGUGAUUCAGCGGAUAUUCUAUGUGGUCAACCGCUCAUGGACGGGUCGCAUCACCAUGACGGAACUACGCAGGAGCAACUUCCUGCAGACCCUGGCACUGUUGGAAGAGGAGGAUGAUAUCAACCAGAUAACAGAUUAUUUCUCUUAUGAGCAUUUCUAUGUGAUUUACUGUAAGUUCUGGGAGUUGGACACGGACCACGACCUUUACAUUGACCCUAAGGACCUGGCUCGUUACAACGACCACGCAUCCUCAAGCAGAAUCAUUGAGAGGUUGUUCUCAGGAGCUGUUACACGGGGUAGCUCAGUGCAGAGAGAAGGGAGGAUGAGUUAUGCAGAGUUCAGCUGGUUCCUCAUCUCAGAGGAAGACAAGAAAAACCCUACAAGUAUAGAGUACUGGUUCAGGUGUAUGGACACAGAUGGGGACGGUGUGUUGUCUAUGUUUGAGUUGGAGUACUUCUAUGAGGAGCAGUGUAGUAGGAUGGAGGGGAUGGGCAUUGAACCCCUACCCUUCACAGACCUGCUCUGUCAGAUGCUAGACCUUGUCAAACCUGAAAGCCAAGGUAAGAUAACCCUGUCUGAUCUGAAGAGGUGUAGGAUGGCUCAUAUAUUCUUCGACACGUUCUUCAACCUGGAGAAAUACCUGGACCACGAGCAGAGAGACCCCUUCGCUUUGCAGAAGGACAUAGACAACGAGUGUCCAGAGCCUUCAGACUGGGAUAAAUACGCUUCAGAGGAGUAUGAGAUCCUGGUGGCGGAGGAGACGGCUAACGAACAGCUGCAGGAGGGGACGUUUGAUGAUGACUAUGAGGAGGCGGAGCUUCCUGUUCAAGGAGAGAUGGUUGGGAAUAAGAUGGAUAAGCUGCUCAUAUCAGAUCUGUCAGCAUGAAAUUCCCAAAGCCUGGAAUACCGCUCCACUCUCCUUGGAUAUACCGGAGACAGGGGAGAGAGGAAGAGGGAUGGACAGGGAGAAAUUGGUAAAAAGCUAAAGCGAUGGAGGACUCCAAACUCUCUCACCUUCUCCUUUCAUACACAGACAGGGACAGAAGAGAUGGUGAAAGAUGGAGAAAAGACAGAGGGAUGGACUGAAAAAGAGAGAGGAUGGACAGAACGAGAGAGCACUCUGGCAGCUGUCCUCUCAGCCCUCUGUAGGAGAAAAAACGUGUUUUCCACUCUUUUAUCUUCAUUGGAGUUUGUGUGUGUGUUGUGUAUGCAUGUGUUUGUGUUUGUGUCAUCCCAAAGACUGUGUUUGGUGCAAUAAUGUGUCUUAACAUGUUUAACAUGUAGAAGUAAGAAAGCACAAAUCCUGAUAUGGAGAUACUUCCUGUAUUAUGUGUAUAAUAACUGCCAUAUAGAGAUUUUCCACUGACAAUCAACUACUAGACAAUCAACUAAUCAAUCAAGUUGUUUUCAAAUGUGUCAAUAAACACACACACACACACACACACACACACACACACACACACACACACACACACACACACA